AUGGUUGCCAUGCCCACUGCCUGGUGCUCUCUCGCACUGGCCCUGCUCGUGGCCCUGCACGAAGGCAAGGGCCAGGCCGCUGCCACCCAGGAGCAGCCGGUGCACCCGCGCCACGCCCGAGGCGCCCACCUGCGGCCUCGGCGUUGCUCCUGCAGCUCCUGGCUCGACAAGGAGUGCGUCUACUUCUGCCACCUGGACAUCAUCUGGGUGAACACUCCCGGACAGACAGUUCCUUACGGCCUGGGAAACCCGCCAAAACGCCGGCGCCGCUCUCUGCCAGGGCGCUGUGAAUGCUCCAGUGCCAGAGACCCUGCCUGUGCCACCUUCUGCCAUCGAAGGCCCUGGCCUGAAGCCGAGGCAAACCCAGGCCUUGGGUCCCCUGCAGACGUGUCCCAGGCUGGCAAGACACGGACCACUGCAGGAGAGCUCCUCCAGCGGCUGAGGGACAUUUCUUCUGCCAAAAUCCGCUUUGCUAGGAGGCAGCGGGAGGCAACGAGGGAGACCAGGCCUACACACGCCAGGCAGCAGAAGAGAUAG